UGCGGGCAAGGUUUGACUAAGGCGGGGCUCUUGAGGGUUUUCAGAGAUCGCGUUUCCAGGAGGGCUGGCUGGCACCGUUUUGGAAAAUCACCCAGAAGGAGUUGUUUUGCCGUAAGUAGGCAGAUGGGGAUCAUUCGGUGGUCUGCGCUGUUACUGCUCCUCGGCGUUUGCUCCGCGAAGAAAGCGGGCGAAGUGUGUCGUGGCUGGGUGUACGGGACCGAGUCGACGGAAAAUGAUUUCUGGUGUCCGAAAACGCGGGACGGAAAGGGCGCCCAGUUCUGCUGCGGGACCUGCGAACUGCCCUAUUGCUGCUCGUCGGAAAAGGAGCGCCUCGACCAGCGCCAGUGUCUCUCUGACGGCCGGCCACGAGCGAGAAAGCAGCCUCGGGGGAAACCCGAAGGGACCGGGGCAGUUGCCGAGGAAAUGACCACCACCGACAUCGUGGUUUUGGUCCUCGGUCUUGUUUCUUGCUUUGUCUGCUUGUACUUCUGCCAAAUUUGCCCCAGGCUCAUUGAUGUGUGGCACUCAGGCAGAGCAGUCAGAGCAGCACGGCGGCGUCUGGCCCAGUCCGAGGACCUGUUUGAGGACUUCCACUCCCCCUUUAGGCGCCCUGCCACUGAUGCUCCCCAUAGCUAUGGUGCGUGUGUGAGCCAGGCAUCUGCAGGAGCUGAGGUCCAUCAGGGCACCCCUCCUUUGCCUUCUGACCCUCCUUCCGGCCGUGAAUCCGGUGUGGACCGAACAUCCUCAGGUGCUCAGGACCCUCGGGGUCCCUCUCUUCUCCGUUCUGCCAGUGCACCUGUUGUCCAGCAUACAGAUCCUGCAGCCCCUAAGCAAACCAACUUGCCUCCAGGAGCUCUUCGGGUUAGAACUGUUUCAUCUCCUCCAGCUGGCCAGCCCAGCUUUGAUCCUUUCCUUUAGUGCUUCAUCUGGUCAGUGGGGUAUCCAGCCAGCCUUUUCAUCAGGGGUGCUACUUGCAAAUACAUCUACAAGAGCAAAACUCCUGGCUAGAUCUCCAAGUCUGAUCUCAUUGGUCUGGUGGGCUCCUUCACUGGGGCAAGACUGGACAAUCCUCCAAGAUCCGAGGGUUGGGCUCUUGAGCACUGAAUGGAUUUUAUAUUGUUGGGGCUGUGUAAUCGCCUGCAGUUUGGCUGCACCCUUGCAGGUGGUAAGUUUGAACAAUCUUUGUUUUGAGGCAGGGAGAUCUGGGUGGGUCAGCCUGGCCUACAGUGGUCUGCCUGGGGCCACAUCUCCCUCCUCCUCCCUGCUCCCCAGAUGGUCAUGUGGUGGGGUGCAUUUCUGGAAGCUCUGGAUUUGCUAAGCACAGGGGGCACAUUCUUGGAAGUUGCUCCCUUUUGGUGCUCUGGUUGGGAUGAAAAGUCUUCUGGCUGAGAUGCAAUGUCUGCCUUCUGGUCUUAGAAGAAUGUCUGUCUCUAGUUGCCCAAGGCUUUUUUUAAAAACUUGAAACUUGUGUAUGAUCACGACCCCUUGUGUGUGUUAACCCUGAAGAGGUAAAACAGGCAAGCAGCAGCAUGUACCUCCGGAGUCCAAAGGCUUCUGCCGUGAGAAGCCCUUUCUAGCACAGUCACUUGACCAAUAUAUAUAUAUAUAUAUAUACUUUUAUAAGCAUAUGUACUAAAUCAAUAAAAUGUGUGUGGUUUUUUUA